CUUUCUUUGUCUUUCCCUUUUUAUAUUAUACAAAGUUAUCAAUAUAGCCUUGGAUUAGACGAAGAUGCAACUCCAUUCGUUUCCUAUAUGGUCAACGAUAUUACUAUUAGUGGUUGGUCUUUGUUUACUGGUGGAAGCAGCAGGCAAAGAUUAUUACAAGAUCUUGGACGUCCCUCGUGAUGCUGGCAAGAGUCAAAUCAAAAAACACUACAAAAAAUUAUCACGCGUUUAUCAUCCUGAUAAGAAUCCUGAUAAUAAAGAAGCUGAAGCCAAAUUUAUGGAACUUUCUGAUGCUUAUGCCAUUUUGAUGGACGAUGAACAGCGAUCUAUUUAUGACCGAUAUGGUGAAGAAGGCUUGAAACAACAUAAUAAUGGUGGUGGAGGCCAUCCUUUCCAAAAUCCUUUUGAUGUCUUUUCUCACUUUUUUGGUGGUGGUGGAUUUGGUCAUCAUGGACAUCAACAAGAAAAACGAGGACCCAACUUGAAUAUUGAAUUAGAAGUGACAUUGGAAGAUCUUUAUAAUGGAGCAACUGUGGAAUUGGAUAUUUCAAAACAAGUAGUAUGUGAUCAUUGUCAUGGUAGUGGUGCUAGACGAUCAGAGGAUAUUGUCACAUGCUCAGUAUGUCAAGGUCAAGGAGUUAGAAUACAACGAGUCCAAAUUGCACCAGGUAUGGUUCAACAAUUCCAACAAACAUGUGAUCAUUGUGGUGGUAAAGGCAAGGUAAUUCGACACGUUUGUCCUGCGUGUGAAGGCAAGAAACUACGACGCGGCAAUGAACAAUACACGAUCCAAGUAGAAAAAGGUAUGCAAGAUGGACAAACAAUAGUAUUGGAACAAGAAGGCGACGAAUAUCCGGAUGCGAUUCCUGGCGAUAUCAUCUUCAAUGUGGCCGCCAUUCCUCAUUUGGUUUACGAACGUCAUGGGCAUCAUCUUUAUACCAAACAACAUAUCACUUUGAUCGAAGCCUUGACUGGGUUCAAAAAGACAUUGACUAAACUGGAUGGUUCGUUGGUGAAACUAGAAAGAACUGGGGUUACGCAAUAUGGUUUUGUCCAAAAUAUCAAAGGUGCUGGUAUGCCUAUCUAUGACUCUUCUGAAUAUGGCGAUCUGUUUGUAGAAUAUUUAGUUGUUUUCCCUGACCACGUGGACGAUACAGUUAUUGAAGUGUUAAAAAAAGGUGCUCAUUUCUCCUCUAGUGAUUCUAUUACCCAUCAAGAACUUUAGACUGUUUUUUUUUCAUUAUUUACUUUUUGUUUUACAAUAAAACUCACUCUUGUGAUUUAAACCUUUUUUUUUUAAUUACUUUUUUU